AACACACUCUUUUUUCUCUCUCCCCGACUCUCUCUCUCGUUUCUCAGACUCUCUCUCUCUCAAUCGAACCGCACCUCGGAAUCGAAGCUGUGCACCCUAAUCGAAGUGUUGAAGCCAUAAUCAAAGCUGCUUGAGCUCUCACAGACCUAAUCGAAGCUUCUCAAGCCAACACGAUUACUGUUACUACAUUUUCCUUUUCUAGGGUUUCAUAACCCAACACAAAGUCUGGCUCCGAGAGUGAUUCCGAUGAUUUUGGUCUCCGACAAGACAUGGAAGCUCUUCUUAGAGCUUGUAUGUCACUGGUGUGGCUCUAAUUUCUAAUUACAAUUCAGAUUUGGGCGGAGAAGAUAGAGACUUGUAUAGAAAAUGAGUGCAGAAAUAGUGAACCCAAAGGCAUACCCAUUAGCUGAUUCACUGAUAACCGUCACAAUUUUUGACCUUGUUCAGGAAGCUGCUAAUUACAAGCAACUUAAGAAGGGUGCUAAUGAAAGUCAGCUCUUAAACCCCAUUGUAUUUAUAUGUGUAAAGUCCAAUACUUUCAUGGUUCUUUGUAAAUUAAAAUGUUAUGUACUAUUAUGUGUAUGUGUGUGUUUUUAUAUGAUGAUUAAUUGGUUGGGUUUGAUUUCUGCAACAAAGACACUGAACAGAGGAAUUUCAGAGUUUCUGGUGAUGGCUGCUGAUACUGAGCCUCUCGAGAUUCAUCUCCAUCUCCCCCUUCUUGCUGAAGACAAGAUGAAAUGAAUGAAAGCAUAAAGGAUGGUUUACAGAAUUCGGCCUCUAUUAUAGAUCGAUAAAGGAAACUUCCAGUAAAUAGUUUAGUUGAUUUGGUUUGUGGUUGAUGCCUCUGCUUUGGAAAAGAAAAGGGUGGAUGAAGUGUUUUGUGGAUGAAUAUUAGUUGACUAAGAUUUUUGCCGAAGGAUGUCUAGAUUAUUGUAGUUUGGAGUUUUUGGAUAACUUUAGAUUUUGGUAUAUUGCCGAAGGAGGGCUAGAUUAUUGUAGUUUGUAGUUUUUGGAUAACUUUAGAUUUUGGUAUAUUGCCGAUGGAUGGCUAGAUUGGUUAUGUUUGAAUGUUGGAUGUAUAUAUUGAAUGUUAUAUUGCGAUUUCUAUGAAUGAA